AUGGCUACUGCCACUAAUUGGGGCAAUUAUCAUGGCUAUCACGGUUCUGCGCGCCAUUUUCCAGGUUCUUCCCCAUCUGCCUCCGUCCGAGAUCCCCGUUUGACCUUGCUUGAGAGCCUGAUCCCAGGACUUUUCAAAGCCAAGUCUUGCCUGGACGUCGGCUGCAAUACUGGAGCCGUGUCUUGCCAACUUGCCUUCGACUUCGACGCGGCUUCCGUCACAGGCGUGGACAUCGAUCCCAAGCUCGUCAGCGAGGCCGAAGACCUGGUGGCACUCCGCUCUUCAUGUAUUCGCCCCCGCACCGAUGAGGCCGACCAAAUAGUGGACUACUUCCCAACCUCUGCUGUGUUAAAGUAUGGCUAUCGUUUCCCCCCAUCUCCUGCCCUUUCGAAAUGGCCUCGCGUGAGAUUUAUCUCCUCGGAUUGGGUAGUAUUAGCAAACCCGGCUACUGCUGGUCCAUACGACGUGAUCCUGGCCUUAAGUGUCAUUAAGUGGCUACAUCUGGAGCACUUAGAUGAGGGCUUGGUGAGAUUCUUUCGCAAGUGCUCGUCGUCGCUUGUUAGCGGCGGCUAUCUCGUUCUGGAAAUGCAUCCUUGGGAGUCGUACGUGACGGCCGUCGAGGUCAAGAAGGCUCCACAUUUCAAAGAGCACCUGGAGAAAUUAAAAUAUCGACCUGAAACAUCGUUUAACGGGUUAUUGCAAGAACAGGGUCUCAAACUUUGCGCAACGUCCGAUGACUUACCACGCCGGAUAAGCGUAUACCGCAGGGACUGA